UCAACUUUCGAGUGAUUGUUUGCUUUCUUCUGCUUUUGCCGCUGUCUCGCAGCCAGUCUUCAGUCUUCUUUCUUCAGCUCUGUGGAACGGUUGUGUGUCGCUCUCGUAUCACUCACCGCCCUACCGCUUCGCUCUCCGUUUCUCUCAGUGUGUGUAAGCGACCGUCCCGCAAGGCAAAAAAUCUCCAAGUCAGACCCAGAAGAAACCCCAAAGAGCGACCAUGUCUUGGCUGGUGGUGUUGCUGAUCCUCUAUGUGAUCUGGGAUGUCAACUACUUCAUACGCUGCGUGUUCACCGUGUUUGCCGGCCGUUUGUUCCAGAGCAAACGCAAGGUGACGGACACCACCUCAAUCUAUGGUCUGUGCACCUCCCAGGAUGUGGACAUCUUCAUCCGGCACAUGAACAAUGCUCGCUAUGUCCGUGAACUGGACUUUGCCCGCUUCCAUUUCUAUGCUUUGACCGGUCUCUACGAAAAGAUCCGUGCCCGCAGGGGUGGUGCUGUCCAGGGUGCCAGCAGUGUUAGGUAUCGCCGGACCAUACCCAUCUUCCAUCCGUACAAGAUCACCACCAAGCUGGUGUGGUGGGACGAGAAGGCCAUCUAUUUGGAGCAGCAGUUCAUCACGCUGGCCGAUGGCUUUGUGCGGGCAGUGGCCAUGUCCAAGCAGAAUAUCACCAAUUGUGAUGUCUUGGAGGUGCUCAAGUCGUAUCCGGAGACGGCCAAGCGGCCGGAGAAGCCCGAGGAGCUGAAGCUGUGGCUGGAUGCCAUUGAGGUGUCCAGCCAGAAGUUGCGCAAGGACAAGUAGGGAUUCUAACACUCAGCUUAUAAGCUCUUGCCUCAUUUUAUUUGUGCUUAUUUUUUUUUAAUAAUUAUAAUAGUCUGAUUUAAACACUAUAAAUAUAGAAAGAAAAUAGGGAAAAAUAUGAUCUUUAUUUCCUUAAUUCUAAAUUUUGUAAACAUAAUUUUUAUAUGGAAUUUGGUCCAAGUUUUGGCAAUAAAAACCUUUGCUUGACGAAAAUGAAA